AUGGUAAGUGGACCUACAGCUACUGCGGUUGUGCAACAUAAGCGGAUUCGUGAGGAUGAAGAUGACAUUUUCGAUGGGGAGCGGGAUGAUGAAAUGUCAGCCGGUUGUGUUAAUAUGGCAAAGAUAUUUUUACGUACACCACCGGAUCCAUACGGCGGCUGUCAUGCAUCGGUAUGGCCUCGACCUCAAGAGAACCAAAAGCAGGGGCCGGACACUGUUCCUUAUGCCGCUGUUGCGGAUACUCUUGCGGAUAUUAGCGCGGAGAGUUCAAGGUUGGAGUGCAUUCGACUCCUUUCAAACUUUCUCGUGGCUGUCAUACAACGCAAUCCAAUAGAUUUGGUUCCUGUUGUUUAUCUCGUAAUAAACAAGCAAGGGCCAGCCCAUGAGGGGAUAGAACUUGGUGUCGGCGAUGCUCUGCUACUGAAAGUUGUUGCGGAAUGUUGUGGCAUAACGGAAGCACGUGCGAAGGAGGAAUAUAGACAAACUGGCGACUUGGCCGAGGUGGCACAGAGCAAAAAGCGCAUACAAUCCACCCUUGUGAAACCCAAGCGCUUGACUGCACUAGCAGUGUUUCAGGCGUUGCGUGAAAUUGCCCUCAUGAGUGGGAAAGAUGUGGCACGGCGCCGUGGUGACGUAAUAAAGAGGCUCCUUCGUGAUGCCGUGGGUCCCGAGGUCAACUUGAUUGUUCGAGCUUUGCAGCAGAAGAUGCGUGUGGGGCUAGCGGAGACUUCUGUUCUUGCAGCUGUCGGUUACGCCUUUGCUAUGAGCAACAUUGGCGUUGCAAAAAUACCAUCUCUUACCCCAGAACAGCUGCAAAGGGAAUUAAACGUUGGUGCGGCUAAUCUCACUCGUACAUACAAUGAAGUUCCCUGUCUUGACGUUGUUUUGGCUGCUGUGUUGCAGCACGGCCUUGAAGUGAUUGUUCCGACGUCUGCGGAAGCGAAUAUGCAUGCGCGUGCCCUCUCCGUUCGCCCCGGUAUUCCAGUGAAACCGCAACUUGCCCACCCAACCAGUGGUGUAAGUGUUAUUUUGGAUCGAUUUAAUGGCAAAGCAUUCACCUCUGAAUACAAGUAUGAUGGUGAGCGGGCUCAAAUUCACUAUACGAGGAGUAGUGGAGUUCAGAUCUUUUCACGCAACUCUGAAACAAACACGAGCAAGUACCCCGAUAUUAUAUCUAUGCUUCCUGAAGCGUUUUCGGUUGACACCGUUGAUUCUUUCAUAAUUGAUGCUGAAGUGGUGGCGGUGGACAAGGUGACUGGUGCUUUACAGGCUUUUCAGGUGCUACAACAUCGGGGACGGAAAAACGUUUCGUUUGACAACGUUAAGGUUCCCGUAUGCGUGUUCGCUUUUGACAUUUUGUACUUCAAUGGUGAACCACAGAUGUCGAAGACGCUUUCCCAGCGCAGAGAAGUGCUCCACACCCAUUUUAAACCAGUUUCCACGAAGUUUCGGUUUGCCGAGUACCUGGACAGCAAUGAUGUGGAUGACAUUCAGGCCUUCCUGGAUCGCGCCAUAAGAGAUGGGACGGAGGGACUUAUGGUGAAGACGCUCGAAGAGGAGUCGACGUAUGUGCCAGCAAAACGUUCGCACUACUGGCUGAAACUCAAAAAAGAUUAUAUGGAUGGUGUUACCGAUACGCUUGACCUCGUUCCCAUUGGUGCAUACUACGGGAAAGGGAAACGCACCGGUGUUUUUGGUGGAUUUCUUCUCGCAUGCUACGACGGUGAGGGUGACGAGUAUCAGAGUAUAUGCAAGAUUGGAACUGGGUUUCAGGACGAUCAGCUUGAGGCCAUCACCAAAUCACUCCAACCAUCUAUAUUGGAUGAACAACCGCGCUACUACCGCACUGAAGAUAAGCCGGAUGUGUGGUUUCAGGCAUCGCAAGUGUGGGAAGUGAAGGCUGCUGAUCUUUCUAUAUCCCCUGCCCAUUUCGCUGCAUAUGGGUUAGUAGAUGCUUCAAAGGGAAUUGCACUGCGGUUUCCGCGGUUUAUUCGCGUGCGUGAGGACAAGAAGGUGCAUGAGGCCACAUCGGCUGCACAGGUUGCAGAGAUGUACCACAAUCAAUCGCUCGCUCAAAGGGGUGUGGGCGAUAUGGAGUAA